CCUCAGGGUAGCAAGGAGGCUCCAUCAGCUUUCUAAACUUUCUCCUUCAGAUCUUUGUGCUGCAGAUCUUUGGAUUCAGAUUUCUUCCCUGUUUUAUAGCAGCGGUUUUUCCAGACAUGGAGUUUGUUUGUUGAAAUGAGUUCACAGUGACUCAAAAGCCUUCAAAUAUGGAACCUCCCAAAACAUCACCGGCUGAUGAAGACCAGUCUUCCAGGGAGAUUGAUGACCUUCAUUAUUCGCUGCAAGCGGAGCAGGAGAGUACUCAAAAGCGAACCUUCACGAGCUGGAUCAACUCGCAGCUGGAAAAGCAUUCACCACCUUCCCUUAUCUUGGAUUUAUAUACGGACAUUGGAAAGGGACACGUGCUUUUGGAUUUGCUGGAAGUCCUUUCUGGACAACAACUGCCACGUGAAAAAGGAUUCAACACUUUUCAGUGUCGAAGCAACAUUGAAAAUGCCUUGACUUUCCUGAAGAACCAAUCGAUCAAACUUAUCAAUAUCCAUGUUGCUGAUAUCAUUGAAGGGAAACCAUCCAUUGUGCUUGGCCUUAUUUGGACAAUCAUUUUGCAUUUUCAUAUUGAAGAGUUAGCCUGUACUCUGGCUGGUGGAUACCGUCACCUGUCUAUGGAGACUCCGAGUGCCAUGGACAAUACCUCACCAACAGAAAGCCCACCUGCUAAAAGAAGUGCAAAGACGAAGGAGCGAUGGAAGAUGUCAGCAAAGAAAGCACUGCUUUUGUGGGCGAAAGAGCAGUGUGCCAUGCAUGGUUCCAUCAGUGUUGCAGACUUUAAGUCCAGCUGGAGGAAUGGGUUGGCUUUUUUAGCUGUCAUCAAUGCCUUACGACCAGGCUUAGUCGAUAUGGAGAAAGCAAAGGAAAGAUCCAACCAAGAUAACUUAAAUGAGGCCUUCCAGGUUGCAGAGAAGGAACUAAAUAUUCCCCGACUGCUUGAACCUGAAGAUGUUGAUGUCAUCAAUCCAGAUGAAAAAUCCAUCAUGACAUAUGUAGCUCAGUUUCUACAGUAUUUCAGAACUUUACCUCCAGCUGAAGAUGAAAUGCAGGGGAAAGUGAACGAGACCAUGAGCUGGCUGAAGGAUCAAGAAAAGAAGUUAACAGAGUUGCUGAUUGAGAUUGACAAUGUACCUUUCUAUGUGAAGUUCCAAGAGACACUGUUAUUUAUGGAAACAUUUGAUGAAGAGAAGAAAGCUUUCCUGCCUGUACUGACAUCAAAAGGAAAACCUAGGGAGUUGAGUGAAGAUCACUUGAGGAUGAAAGAAGCAUGGGACAGCCUCACUUCACAGGUGGAUGAAUGGAAAGAAAAGCUGGAUCAUUUGUUACCUCCGCCUUUAGAUGCAAUUGAGUCGUGGCUUCAAGAUGUGGAACACCAGCUAGCUGAAGACGUGCCUGAUGUAAACCGCAGUAAAGCAAUGACUGUCCUUGAAGGAAAAAUGAGAUCCCUCCAGAGCUUGAUGACCUAUUUUGAACAACACUUGGAGGCCCUGCAGUCCUUUAAGAACAGAGAUAAGGCAGGCAUGCCGCUGGUCCCCCCUCAGAAGUUGGAAGAAAUGAAAAGAAGGUUCAGCAACAUUCACCUGAUGGAUUUCAGCAUCCUUGUGGAAUACUAUAACUUAUUCUGCUCAGCUAUCUUGGAGGAACUGAUCUCUAAGUUGAACAUCUGGCACAUCAAGUAUGGAACGAAGGAAAUGGUUGAGUCACUGCUCUCAGAUUGGCAUGAUUUCAUUGAAGAAAAUGGAUUUGUUGGUCAACUAGAAACUGCAUUUCAAAUCUGUGAAGAAAAGAAGAACAGAAUCAUCAGCACUUCUGCUCUGGGAGUUGAUCGUGAGGAAACAAACAAACUAUUCAAGAUGGUGGAUUCUCAGAUUUUCAGAUGCCAAGAGUACAUUUGCAAUGUGAAUGAAACUCUGCAAAAAAAUUUAUCAGCCUGGGCCAUCUAUACAGAGAAUAUUCACUUGCUAAAAGCAUGGCUGGAAAAGACACGGAAAGAACAUCCAAAAAAGGUCCCCACAGACACCCUGGCAGCCUGGAACUCUCGGCAUGGAUCUUUAAAUGAAGCUGGGAACUUUCUGAUUGAAUGCAGCAAUGAUGAAGUAGGAUCAGUUGUUUCAGCGGAACUGAAAAAACUGAACAGAAAAUGGGCUAAACUUAUAAAGAAAACACAGUUUGAGAUGAGACUGUUGACAAUGCAGCAGGAGGAGAUGUGCUUAUUGACUGACAACAAUGAGAAAGUUGAUUCUCCUACACUGGAAGCAGAAAUUGACAUGCUCGGCUAUCAAGUGAAUGUCUCAUAUGAGGCUCUUAAGAGCCACUUUGAGAAUAUGAAGAUGCUUCCGGUUAGUCUUGGCACUGAUUCACUUGCACCUGACGCAUUCUUGUCAGAGCAAGAAGUCAAACUGCAUUUCGAAGAUACUUACAAGAAGCUUGAAGCUGCUGUUUUAAAAGCUAUGCAACUCCUUGGCCAUGAAACAGGACCUGAGGGACCAAUGUCUAAGUAUGAGGAAGCUUUUAGCAUCUUGGAUACCAGCAUCCUUGGUGAGUUUUUGAAAGCAGCGGAACAAUUGAAAGACAUUUCAUCUGCUCAUGAAAAGGCAGUGGUGGAGGAAAAGAGCAAAGAUGUUCGUGAGAGAUGGGAGGCAGUUCGCAGAGAAAUCAUAUUCUAUAUUCAAUUAAAAAUGGAAAUUGAAAGAGGAAAAUUGAAUAAAAUGUUUUCCAAGCUGAAUAAACAGAUAAAUAAAGAGAAGAAACUGCUCAGUGCUGGGAAAACCAAAGGACUUCUUGAAGAACAUGAGGACAUGUUUUCUCAGCAAGGUAGAAUGGGCAAGCUAAAUGCUUGCUUACAAGCCAUGAAAACAAUGAGUAAGAAAAUGGCCAUGGAAGAAAAUGAGACUGAAACAAAAAUGCUGGUUGCAGAAUAUGAGCAGAAGAAAGAAGACCUUCAAAGACGUGCAUCAGCUGUUUACAAUGCACUGGUGUCUAGGGCUUGUGAAGACCGUUCAUCUAAGAGAGGAGGUUUAGCACUUGCUUCUGCCAAUGGAGAGAGGGCAUCUUCUCAACAUCCCUGUGAUGGGCUUUCAACUGAAAAGGAUGAUUCUGAGACCUCCAUUGCAAUUGUGAGUGACUGUUUACAACUCAUCCCGUUGUGCUGCCUGGAGUAG